AGAGCGCCAUCAAAGAGCAAAAUGUGUUUGCAUUUCUCGGCAAUUUAUUGCCAAUGAACAUAUGUUCAGUAUUUUGUCUAACGUCAUAACCGAGAAGUGCAAACAACGUGCAAUGUGAGAGUGUGGAGAGGCACGGCGAGCCGCCGAGCUGUGUAAACGCUCUUGGACAAUAUUAAGAGUGGAUCAUUUUGUGUGUGUGUGUGUGUGUGUUCCUGGGUAUAUAAAGCGCAUCAGUCUUAUCUGUGCACGCACUCCUGACUUUGCAUUUGGAGAUACUUCAUUAAACCAACGACAUCUGAGCUUACAACCAAAAAAAAACUACUUCACCCACUGUUCUUCAACGACUGCCAGGUUCACGUUCCGUUGACCAACCUUAUAGAACUUGAACAGGAUUCACCAUGUCUCAUUCCUUCCGCAUCACAGUGAGCGCCGAGCGAGGGAUUGGAACCGAGAGAGAGCUUUGAUCGGUUUCUGCUGGACUUUUGUUUCUAUGUGUGAUUUUUACAGAAUGGUGCUGUUCUGUGUGCGCGGACAGACGGAGGUCACACGCCAACUGGUUUGAACUAAAUGGUACCAUUCAGCCAACAUUUCACCGAAUCCGCCUCGCCCACAGCUUUGUGUGUGUGUGUGUGUAUGAGUGUGUCGCUUGUUGCAACUUUGCCUGCAUAAAUUUGGCCAAAAUAUGUCGCUGACCAACACAAAGACUGGCUUUUCCGUCAGGGACAUUUUGGACUUACCUGACACCAAUGAUGAGGAUGGAUCGACAGCCGAGGCGACCGAGGAGGACAGAGAGGCGGCGGGAACAGCCAAAACUUCGGGGUUCGCUCGCCAAAGUCCCCUGGAAACCGUACAGAGGCUUCCACUGAAGAACCCGUUUUAUGACAGCACCGAUAAUCCGUAUACCCGGUGGUUGGCAACAACCGAGAGUAUCCAGUAUUCGCUCCACGGGAUUUCUCCCGCCGCAUCCCAGCAACAGAACUCCGCCAGUAAAUCCUCGGAGCCUUCGGCGGAUGAGUCGCCAGACAAUGCGACCGAGACUUCCAGCAAUGGCAGCGAGUCCGGCAAGAAGCGGAAACGCCGAGUUCUGUUCUCCAAAGCUCAGACUUACGAACUGGAGAGGCGCUUCAGGCAACAGCGGUACUUGUCCGCCCCCGAGAGGGAGCACCUCGCCAGCCUCAUCCGCCUGACUCCCACCCAGGUGAAGAUCUGGUUCCAGAACCACAGGUACAAGAUGAAGAGGGCCCGGGCCGAGAAAGGUAUGGACCUCAACCCCCUGCCCUCGCCGAGGAGGGUGGCGGUCCCUGUCCUGGUCAGAGACGGGAAGCCUUGUCACGCCAGCAUGGUGACCAAUGCUCUCAAAACACAGGACUUGGCGGCCGCCACUUUCCAGACGAGCAUCGCCUUCCCAGCCUACACCACACAGUCACUCCAACACGUCCAGUAUAACUCCCAUUUCAGCUCCGCCAGUAACCCCCAGUAUCACACACACCCGCUGGUGCAGAGUCAACAAUGGACUUGGGGGUGAACCACUGAACAAGAACUGCUUUAACUGGGCUGUAUAAUAUCUCUCUCUAUAUAUAUAACGUAUGAGUGUGCAUGUGUGUGUGAGAGAGACAGAGACAGAAUGAAUCAGACACAUAGCCGCACAUAACAUUCAGAACUGUGGUUCACCUGAGGUAUUUUUCGUUGCUAUCUGUUUACAGAAUAUAUAAUGACGAUGAACCCGGAACUUUAGUCCCGCGAAUUCAACGUUCUUGUGACUUGUAAAGUAUGUCCGUGUGUUGUAGGAAUAUAAUCCCGUCAUUUAUGUUCGUGUUUAAGAGACAAAGCGAGUGCAAACGAAAUGACACUUUUAAACAACAAAAAAAAGACGUGCAGAACAUUUUAUCUCAUCUUCGCCAAUUUUUUUAUAUGAUACUUGAAAUAUUUAUGGGACUUUGUAACGAAGAGGCGCGGCGUUUUAAGUUGUGGGUUUGUUUCUCUUUUAUAUAUAUAAAAAAAACCCCACUGGAGAGGCAGGCUGUGGUUGGAAGUGUGACAGGGGUUAGUGGUGCCUAGCAGUGGCCUGUUGAGCGAUCUCCCUUCGUUGCUGAGUGACAAUAUGUUACGAUGUAUAUAGUACAGACCGUGUCAGACACUCGGGAGGCUCUUGCUUUCAAACCCAAUGAUGUGAAUAACGCCAGAGGAGGGGGGGGGGGGGGAGAGAAAACAAGGCGCCUUGAUGAGCGAUUUUCCGAGUUUCUUUUUUAUAUUGAGAAUUUUAAUAAAAUGUUGUGUCUGAA